GGACACGGUGGAAGGGUAUAAGUACCGCGUCAGUCCCCUCCAAAGACUCAGAACCGUCGUAAACACGGUAGCGAACGCACUCUCGGCACUCCGAGAAGACGUCCUAUAAGCCUUGCGAACCACCCACGCCUUAAACACGCACAUUAUUCCGGUCAUAUACGAGAGAGUUCGAGCCUCUCUUUACCGUUUUCGAACGAGCACACCCCCAUCGAUACACAGUUCGAUCAGAUCCGCUCGUUGCGAGCCCUAGUUGUGUCAAGUGACCAGUUCCGUCGAGUGACCGUAGAAGAGACGUUUGUUAUCACCGCCUGAACGAUGGCGCCGCACACCAGUUACACGCCGGUCGGCGGUAUGGAGUACGAGGAGCCAGUGUCCAGGACUUACCAGUACAGAAAGGUGAUGAAGCCGAUGCUGGAGAGGAAGAGGCGGGCGAGGAUCAACCGAUGCCUCGACGAGCUGAAGGACCUGAUGGUGACGGCGCUUCAGGCCGAGGGCGAGAACGUCGCCAAAUUGGAGAAGGCCGACAUCCUCGAGCUGACCGUCCGUCAUCUUCACACGCUCCGCGCUGCCAGAAGGCUCACCCUCACCCCGGAGAACAGCUACGCGGACAGAUUCCGGGAAGGAUUUACCCAGUGCGCCCAGGAAGUCUCCUCGUUCCUGUCCACACCCGUCGCCGCCGCGGUUCAUCCCGCUGCCGGCGCACAGUUGAUGAGACACCUCGGCGGCUGUCUACGACGACUCGAGGGUCCCGCCACGAACUCCGUCGGCAGCACGAACACCGCCUCCACCCCUGUCAACGCUGUCAGCAAACCUUCCGCCGCUGCCAGUCCGGCCACCAACGUCAUGGUCAACGUGCCGCAGAACGUUUACACGCCGCCGCAGAGUCCUGUCAGCGUGGCCAGCUCCUCCGGCGACUCCUCGGAGUCCUCCAACGCCGUAUGGAGACCCUGGUGAUCGAGAACCAGCGAGAUUUCAUUGCUGCUGCUGUUGCUGUUGCUGUUGCUGUUGCUGCUACUACUAUUACUAUUAGCACCCUUCGAAUGUACUGUUCCUUCCUGGUGAAGAAGCUCUCAUCGUCGAUGCAGAAGCGAGCUGCGAAUAGGAGGGAAAACGACGAAUCAUUUGUCUUCCAUACGUCGAAUAUUGUUGAGCCUCGCGCCGUCGGGGUAUAUUAUCUAUUAACUUUUAAAGAGAUACGAUUUUUGUAAGCUGUAUUGUUAUGGCACCGUCGAACUGUUUUUUUUCUCUCUUGUCUCUCUCUAUAUAUAUGUAUCUCUCUCUAUCUCUCUCUCUCUCUUUCUUUUUCUACUCACUGUAUAUAGGUGAUAAAGCUUUAAGUGAUGUCUGUGAUAGGGUUCAAUUUUGUACCUGAAAUAAUUAUUUUCUCAUAAUGUAGAAGGAUUAUUAUUAUAUAAAUUUUAAUUUGUUAUGUUUAAGAUUCAUUUUUAAACACUUUGCGUACGCGACACGAUGCUAGGCGUGUUCCCUCUUUUUUUUUUAUUUUUGUUAAAAUCGAUUGCACGCCACGCGAUACUGGAAUAAACAGAUUGUUUUAACCAUA